GGUUAACUUACGGUAUCUUCGCGCACUAGUCAUGUAAAUUUGUGCGAUUUUGUGUAAUUUCGUCAUGGAACGCCCCGUUUCUGAUCUGAGUUGGGGAUGGUGAUGUGCAGUGUGAAGUAUGGUGGUUGUGACUUCGACUGAAACACGCAUUCCUGUUACGUACCAUUUGAAUAUUUUAAGAGGCAGUUUUCAGAUUCGGUACGUGAUGCCGUCGGCUCGACUCACCCUCCGCGAGGAGGAUGUAGUUCGGCUGGCUUUAGAAUUUCUGCACAAUCGGGAGUUACACAUAUCUCAGCUGAGCCUCGAGAGGGAGACGGGGGUGAUCAAUGGCUGCUAUUCGCACGAUCUUUUAUUUUUGCGGCAACUGAUAUUGGACGGACAGUGGGAUGACGUCUUGGAAUUCAUUCAACCUUUGGAAGCGUUACCCACGUUCGAGAUGAGAAAAUUCACCUACACGAUAUUAAAGCAUAAGUAUGUGGAAUUGUUAUGCAUCAAAUCCGAAGCUAACGUGCAAGGAAGUAGCGUGGAUAACGCAGUUGAAGAAGUCGUUAAAGUGCUAACCGAGUUGGAGAAAUUCGCUCCAACAAAAGAAGAUUAUUCUAAUAUGUGUUUACUGUUAACUUUACCCAGACUUACGGAUCAUUUGCAAUAUAAGGAUUGGAAUCCGAGUAAUGCGCGAGUUCAGUGUUUUAGAGACAUUUACCCCUUGGCCGCCGAAUUUCUCCCCGUCGUUAGAAAGGGCUCGGAUCAAGUAAAUACAAUCGCGAGCGCAAAAAACGAUAGGCUAAUUCAAUUAAUCAUUAAAGGCAUUUUAUAUGAAUCUUGCGUUAAUUAUUGCCAAGCGAAGGCAACCGGAACUAAGGAAUCUCAGACGCAGGAAAUGAACUUUUCGAGGUUAUUAGACGGGAGUGUCGGUUUUAGUGAUUCGGAUCUUAGCUUAUUAUCGUGGUUGCAGAGCAUACCUUCGGACACGUUUUCUGUGCCCUUCGAACAACGCACUCUAAACGUCGACGUAGAGCGACUCGAACGGCCGUCGCUAGAGACUUCAUGGACGGAGCAUAUGUUAGUCACCCCCAUAAAACCAAAGACCUUUCCUCAUUCUGCAAUGCCUUUCACGAGACCUCGAUCUGCGGCCGACAUCAUGAGCAGAUCGCUGAUGCCGGCGUUAGACGGGUUGCCUUACGGUCUGGCGCAUACCGGUACCGUACCUCAUAACGGCAGUCCAAGAGUUAUGGCUUUAAGCGCUUGCGAUAUAAAUAGUAACAAUUCAAUGUCCCGCUCUAGUUUUGCCAGCUUUCACCUAACCGGCAUGAAAAAUAACAAACCCAUGAACGCGUCCGUUGACCGUCUCUUCGAAAACGAAAGUGACGUAUUUUUAAGCAACAGCUACGCCGAAUUCCAGCAACUCCCCUCGAUUCAGGAGCAAACGAGUACGCCGAAAACGAACAAUUCGAUCCUACCUCACAAUCAAAGUCGCCCCCGAUCAAAAAGUCCCGAGCGGAAGGUGUCGUCCGCAUCAACCCCCGAGCAUAAGGGUCGAGAGUCGCCCGCCUCCGUUGGCACGGCGCGGUCAUCCAGAAGGGACUCAUUAAACGAACGGCCCACCGCCGCUCCUAACGCUUUAUCACCGCCGGAAAUGCAUCUCGAGCAGAGCUUCAAUGGCGAUCUUUUGAAAGAGUUUCAGAAACAAAAGCAGAAACUUCAAGAUACGCUGGCGUUGAGGGAGAAGGAGAGAGAAGAGCUUAUUCGACAGCUGGCCCAUGACAAUCGGCUUAUCGAUGAAAGUAAACAGACCGUAAACAAAGCCGUAAAUGGAACCCCGGGAUUAAAUCGCAACCCACCCUCGCCUAGGCCGAACCAAAAUGGUAGCGCCGAGUCUCCGAGAUUGCAAGUUAAAAGCGAGCCGGAUCCUAGAGGGCUGAAGGAGGGAAUUUACGAUACCGUUAAGACGAAAAGUAUCGAUUUGGACAAUAGCGAUGCAAGUAGCGGGACUAGGCCUCGGUUUGUUGCCGUUACGACCCUCGAAGAUGUCCAGGCGGUUCGCUGUGCAGAAUUCCACCCCGGUGGUCAGCUGUACGCCGUCGGAUCCAAUUCGAAAACUCUUCGAAUAUGUGGAUAUCCGAAAUUGGGUGACGUUAGGUGAGUAGUACGCUCGCUAUAACGAAAUUGAAAUU